AUGUCAGAUAUUGAAAAUGCAUCAAGUAGUAAAAAUAAAGAAACUGAUACUGCAUCAGAAAGUUCAAAUGAUAGUAAUUUAGAAACAAAGAAAAUUAUUUUGUUUGAUAAAAUUGAUAAAAUACAUAAAUCUAUUGAGAACAAAGAAAAUGUAGAUUUUGAUAAAACAAUAGAAAUUUUAAAACAAGUUACUGAUUUAACUAUAACUGAUUAUAAUAGAGUUUAUAAUGCGCAAAAUGAAACUAUUGAUGCAUUAAAAUUGAUUAAUUUAAAUUUAGCAUGUGAAGUACAAUAUUAUAAAGGAUGUCUUUUUGAAGAAUUAAUUUGA